AUGAAAGGCGAUUCGCAUCACUUCGUCGCCUUUCGCUACAUCCUCUUCGCCGACAUUCGCUCCUUGCUUAACAACUACACCUUCCAUCUACAAACGUCGAAGAUCACCACAACGCACACAAUGUCUCUCAUCUCCAACGCCAUCGCAGCCAUCAAGAACCUCAUCGAUCCAGAAGUACCAACUUUGUGGCAGCGAAUCCUCACAGCAAUCAAUACCAACCCCCUCGCGACCGUCUCAUACGUUCUCGGCAUCACGGCGUACUUCUUCCCUGCCAUAGCGUGGAUCCCCGCCGGUCUCACUCUCGGGUUCGGAGCUGCUGGUAAGACCUCCCAGACUGCCAUUUUGGCUAUCGAACCUCGUUAA